CAAGUUAGGCAUAGUUCGGUAUGUCUCACAAGCAUACGGAAGAUGAUUCUGAUUCGAGUGAUAGUGAGGACGAAACUCUUUUGCUUGUCAAUCUACUUACCCUCAACAUUGAGGCUCAACGCCAUCAUCGACGACGGUCGGGUUUACCUCGCCGCGUCAUUCACAGGGAUCAUUUUGCUGGAGAAAACCUCAUCCAGCAUCACUACUUCGGCGCGAACCCAGUGUAUCCACCCCAUGUGUUUCGUAGAAGGUUCCGCAUGAGUAGGCCUUUGUUUCUCCGCAUUAUGGAAGGUCUUCAACAGCAGGAUACUUACUUUACACAAAGGGUGGACGCAACAGGCAUGCCAGGACUCGGUCCACUACAAAAAGUAUGUGCCGCAAUGCGGAUACUAGCUUAUGGGUUACCUUCAGAUGCGGUAGACGAAUAUAUUCAAAUUGGGGAAUCUACCGCAAGGGAAUGCCUUCAUCAUUUUUGUCGCGCAAUCAUUGCAUAUUUUAGUGCCUGGUAUUUACGAACUCCUACUCAAGAUGACAUAACACGCAUCAUGCACAAUAGCGAGGGAAGGGGUUUUCCUGGCAUGUUGGGUUCCAUAGAUUGCAUGCACUGGGAGUGGAGGAACUGUCCUACGGCGUGGUGUGGUCAGUUUUGUGGCCAAAAUAGUAGAGCAUCGAUGAUACUCGAAGCUGUAGCAUCGUAUGAUCUUUGGAUUUGGCAUGCUUUUUUUGGCAUGCCUGGGACAAACAAUGACGUAAACGUGCUGCACCGAUCACCAGUAUUUGACCCCAUGACAACCGGUCGAAUGCCACCUGUCAAUUACACAGUAAAUGGUCAUGCGUACAACUUCGGAUAUUACCUUGCUGAUGGUAUUUACCCCAACUGGCCUACUUUUGUAAAAGCAAUCAGACACCCAUAUGAGGAAAAGAAAGUAUAUUUCACACAGAUGCAGGAAAGUUGCCGAAAGGAUAUUGAGCGUGCUUUUGGAGUUCUUCAAGCCCGGUGGGCGGUGCUCCGUGGACCAGCUUAUGGUUGGGAUCGUAAUCGUUUAACUGAGAUAAUCACAGCUUGCAUCAUCAUGCACAACAUGAUUGUCGAAGACGAAGGGCCUUUUGUUGCUAACAUAGAUUUCGGAGAUAACACAUCAGGGAUUGAACCAUCUCAAAUAAUUGGAGAAGGACGGACGAAAUGGGUUAUUAACCACUUCGAUCUUCGUCACCAAGAAAGAUCGAGCUCACUACAAAAUGAUCUUGUCGAGCAUUUGUGGGCUCGUCGUGGAAGCAUGUAAUAAUGGCAUGUCGUAGCAGCUUAGUUCGAA